AUGCCCGCCAAGUCCCAGUCCAGCCUCGCUCACACCCUCGGCGGGAAUCAGAGCAGUCUCCUUUUCCAGGGAUCUGACCAGGAUUUCCUGCCCGGCCCUGAGCAGCCCACGGCGGAGCUGGUGAUCCGCUGUGUGAUCCCGUCCCUCUACCUGCUCAUCAUCACGGUGGGCUUGCUGGGCAACAUCAUGCUGGUGAAGAUCUUCCUCACCAACCGCGCCAUGAGGAGCGUCCCUAACAUCUUCAUCUCUAACCUGGCCGCUGGGGACUUGCUGCUGCUGCUCACCUGCGUGCCGGUGGACGCCUCGCGCUACUUCUUCGACGAGUGGAUGUUCGGGAAGGUGGGCUGCAAACUGAUCCCCGCCAUCCAGCUCACCUCCGUGGGGGUGUCUGUGUUCACUCUCACUGCCCUUAGCGCCGACAGGUACAGGGCCAUCGUCAACCCCUUGGACAUGCAGAUGUCGGGUGCGGUGAUGUGGACCUGCGUGAAGGCUGCGGCCAUCUGGGUGGUGUCCGUGCUGCUGGCCGUCCCCGAAGCUGUGUUUUCAGAAGUGGCGCAUAUUGGAAGCUUGGAUAAUAGCAGCUUCACAGCAUGCAUACCUUACCCUCAGACGAAUGAAUUACAUCCAAAGAUUCAUUCCGUGCUCAUUUUUUUGGUUUAUUUCCUCAUACCACUUGCUAUUAUUAGCGUUUAUUAUUAUCACAUUGCAAAGACUUUAAUUAAAAGUGCACAUAAUCUUCCUGGGGAAUAUAAUGAACACACUAAAAAACAGAUGGAAACACGGAAACGCUUGGCUAAGAUUGUCCUGGUCUUUGUGGGUUGCUUUAUCUUCUGUUGGUUUCCAAAUCAUGUCCUCUACCUGUAUCGGUCUUUCAACUACAAGGAGAUUGAUCCAUCCCUAGGUCACAUGAUUGUCACCUUAGUUGCCAGAGUUCUGAGCUUUUGCAAUUCUUGUGUCAAUCCAUUUGCUCUGUACCUACUCAGUGAAAGCUUCAGGAAGCAUUUCAACAGCCAGCUGUGUUGUAGAACGAAGCCCUAUCCAGAGAGAUCCACCAGUUACUUACUCAGCUCUUCGGCAGUGCGGGUGACAUCUCUGAAAAGCAAUACCAACAAAAACCUGGUGACCAAUUCGGUUUUACUAAAUGGGCAGGGCACAAAGCAGGAAAUGGCACUAUGA